UGGCUAUUGAAGUUUUGUCCCAGAGAUUCCUCGUUCCUUGGGGUUCUGGGUCAAAGAGAAUGUCAUGGGUUGUAUGCCAAAGAGUUCACACAGGUUGGAAACACCAAAGAAUUUCUGUGUGGCAAUCUUGAAAACAAAAACAUGUUGGUUCUGCUGUCUUUGUCAGCUCACCAGCAUUUGAAAACAAUCAGUCUCUGAAUGUAGAGGAGGAGAUGCUUGAGAAGACGGCACAGCAGUCACAGCAAGGAGAAUCCGAACACGUGUUCAGUGUCGGGGUGAGAGUUGGAUGAACCCAAUUGGAGGUUUGAAACUUCAAGGAGUUUCUGAAUGGGGAUCUUGAAAACAAAAACACGUCAGUUCUGCUGUCUUUGUCAGCUCACCAGCAUUUGAAAACAAUCAGUCUCUGAAUGUAGAGGAGGAGAUGCUUGAGAAGACAGCACAACAGUCACAGCAAGGAGAAUCCGAACACGUGUUCAGUGUCGGGGUGAGAUUUGGAUGAACCCAACUGGAGGUAAAGCUUCUAAUUGUCUUCAGGUUAUCAAAGGAGUGACCAGAUAUUCCCUUUGUAGCACUGAUAGAUUAGUUGUCGAUCCUUGGAGAUGAAGAUGUAUCUCAUCCCAGCUGGACCUGUGUUUUGUGUCUGAAAGGAAACAUUCUGUUUUAACUCAGUGAAAUCCGCUGGAACUGGGGUACUGAGAACACACCAGCAUUUGUUCACCAGAGAUCAGUUCUUCAACUGCAAUGAUUUUACAAGGGAUUCACUAUGACUAACAUCUGACUUGGUGAAUUGUCAGACAAUUGAUAGCAGGGAGAUAUCAUUCACCUGCUCUCAGUGUGGGCAUGAAUUAUCUCACUCAGCCAACCUGCAGAUAAAACAGUGAGUUCACACUGGGGAGAGGCCAAUGAUCUGCUCUUUGAGAGAGGAUAUACUCAGCCAACCAGCCCGAAGAUACAUCAGCAAGUUCACACUAUAGUGAGGUGGGUCACCUGUUCUGCAGGAAGCAAUUGAUUCUGUCAUCCAAACUGAAGAUUUCAGACUGGGGUGUCGGAGUUUGGAUUUCAGUUCAGACACGGUCUGUAAGGAGUUUGUACGUCUUUGCCGUGACCAGAUGGUUUUCCUCCGGGUGCUCUAGUUUCCUCUCACAGUCCAAGGACAUAUCGGAUAAUAGGUUAAUUGGUCAUUGUAGAUUGUCCUCUGACAGAGCUGGGUUAACAGGUGGAUUGCUGGAUGGAGCAGCUGAUUGGGCUGAAGAGGCCUGUUCCAUGCUGUAUCUCCAAAUAAAAUCAAAUAAAAUCCACACCAGUGAGAGGCCGUUCACCUGCUCCUUGUGAGAAGAGAUUGACUCACCAAGUCUACGUGCAGAUACAUAAACAAGUUCACGAGAGAGAGAGAGAGAUUGUUCCACCGUUUAGUGUGUGGACAGAGAUUCAUUAAUACAUCCCACAUGAUGAGACAACAGCAAGUUCAAACUGUGGAGAGACCAUUCACCUGCUCUGAAUGCGGGAAGGUAUUUACUUGCCCAUCAAAACUGCUAUCACACCAGCGAGUUCACACCAGGGAGUUCACUUGCUCUGAAUGUGGGAAGGGGUUUACUGAUUCCUCUAAUUUACUGGUGCACCAACGAGUUCACACUGGGGAGAGACCAUAUACUUGUUCUGAAUGUGGGAAGGGAUUCACUCAGUUAGGUAACCUACUGACACACCAGCGAGUUCAUACUGGGGAGAGGCCGUUCACUUGCUCUGAAUGUGGGAAGGGAUUUACUCGGUCAUCUAACCUACUGACACACCAGCGAAUUCACACUGGGGAAAAGCCAUUCACCUGCUCUGAAUGUGGAAAGGGAUUUACUCUGUCAUCUAACCUACUGGCACAUCAGCGAAUUCACACUGGGGAGAGACCAUUCACCUGCUCUGAAUGUGGAAAGGGAUUUAAUCUGUUAUCUAACCUUCUGGCACACCAGCGAAUUCACACUGGGGAGAGACCAUUCACCUGCUCUGAAUGUGGGAAGGGAUUCACUCAGUCAUCCCACCUUGUGAAACACUACCGAGUUCACACUACUGAGUUUAAAUAAGCAGCCUGCUGGAUAUUUAACCCUCACAGUUUCUGAAUCUAGAGACAUGUUCAAAUGUGACUGUUGGUGUCAGACUGUAAUUAUUUCUGAAGAGGGGGUACCUAGGUCUCAGAGAGGUUGGCCUAUGUAGCACCUGGGGAACAAGGUGUGAUCUCUGCUGUGUUGGGGAGCAAUUUCACUGCUUUCUGCAUGUGGAUUGGGCUGUGUGUUCUGCAGGAAGGGUUGGCAAAUUAUCUGAACAUCAUAAAGGUAUGACUUAAUUCGGUGGGGGGAGAAUGUAGGGUUCUCAGUAAUAUUAACUGUUAACUGCUAAUUAUAAAAUGGCUUCUCCGAAGUGUUAUAAUGAAAUGGCUUCUUUGUAAUGUUAGCUGUGAGGUAAUGUUUGGGUUAUAGUUGCCUAGGAACUAUAUAACCAAUGGAAGCUUAUGUUAUGCUACUGUAUCUCGUAUGUGUGUGCUGAACUGGGGUUCGCGGGCUUUUUCGGGAGGUGAGCGGAGAGGACGGACGUGCGGUGAACGGACAGCGGUUCCAGGGCGGCAGAUACCGGACCUCGGGGGUUCGGAGGGUGGCCGGAGUCUCGGAAGGACGUUGUGGAUGGAAUCGGAGGUGUGAGCUCCAACGUAUUACAAUAUUAUGUGCACAAGACUGAUAAACUUACUUAUGUGGCCCCUUUUCUUUUAGUUAUUUCUAAUAACCCACCACUAAGAAUUACUAUAAAGUAUAUUUCUUUACUUGCACACUGUAUGUUGUUUGAUAUUUGUGUCGCGGCUAAUGUUUGGGUGCAUCACACCGUAUCCGCACCAAAGCAUUUGCACUGUUUGGCGGGUUAACGACGAUUCACCCUAGGCAACGGGAGUCAGUUGGGGUCACUGACGUCACAUCAGUAAAAGAGUGACAAGACUCGAAUCGACAUUGGACUGCUGGAAAAUGAUGCUGGUGAGGUGGAAGUGGGGUAGAAUGAAAUGGCAGGUGAGCUAAAUAAUAUUUUGCAUCAGUCUUCGCAAUGGAUAACACCAGCAGCGUGCCAGAAAUUCGAGACAGUCAGGGAGCAGAAGUGAGAAGGUAAUGGGGAAGCUGAAAAGUCUGAAGGUAGAUAACUCAUCUGGAUCAGAUAGAUUACACUCCGGGUUUCUGAAAGAGGUAGUGAAGAGCCUACCUCAUUAGUAGCGAUCUUUCAAGAAACACUUGAUUCUGGAAUGGUUCCAAAGGAAUGGAAAAUUGCAAAUGUCACUCCACUUUAUAUGAAGCAAGAGCCAAGAAAAUGACAGGAAAUUACAGGCCGGAUUAGUUGAAUGUUAAUUUUCAGGUUGAGUUGGAGGUAAGGGAAGCAAAUGCAAUGUUACUGAUCAUUUAUAGAGGAGUAACAUCAAAAAAGCAAAGAUGUAAUGCUGAGGAUUUAUGUAAAGCUGAUGUUUCACAGGUGGAAUGAGUGAAUGAAUCCCUUCCCACACUCAGAGCAGAUGUAUGGCCUCUCUUCAAUGUGAACUCAGUGAUGCGUUAGCGGGUGGAACUAGUGAAUGAAUCGAUGUGCUCUUCUGCACGUCACUGUUGUAACGCAUGGUUAUUUGAGUUACAGCCAGUCUUCCCUCCAUGCUGGUGUUUUUGCUGUAAUACUAGAGUUUAGCAGCUUCAAGUGUGGCACCUUGUCAAAGGCCUUUCGAAAAUCCAAGUGAACGAUAUCUACUGACCCUACUGUCUGUCUUAGGGUCAUUGUCAGAGAGCAACACAGCACAGAAACAGACCCAGAGACCAUCCUAGUCCAUGCCGAACUAUUGUUCUGCUGAGUCCCAUUGACUUGCACCUGGACCGUGGAGCACCGUACCCCUCCCAUCCGGGUGCUUAUCCAAACCUCUUCAGUUUUGAAAUCAGACCCCACCACUUCCACUGGUACCUCGUUUUACAAUCUCAUCACCACCAUAGAGUCUCCCUGUUGUUCCCCUUGAAUAUCUCACCUUUCACCUGAACAUAUGACCUGUAGUUCUAGUCUCAGUGGAGAAAACCUACUUGUAUUUACCCUUCUGAAGAGCGGUGCCUCAGAAGGAUGGCAUUAAGGGCCCCCAUCACGAGGAUCAUCAGGGUCUCCAUUCCACCCAUCUGAGAUAUUUAUCAGAGGUGCUCAGUAAUCCCCCCUCCCAUGCGUCCAACAAUGUCUUUGACCCCCCCACUGUCAGGCAGGAGAUACAGUAACAUUAGGACAAGCACUGUUAGGGUGGGAAACAGCUUCUUCCCCCGGUCCGUGAGACUACCGAACUCAUUUCUACCACCCAGGUCUGAUCAGGUAUGAAAACCCAGUAGUGUUAUACGGUUUACCUUUUGACUUGUGUCAUACAUGCACCUUAUUAUUUAAUAUGGUAAUAUUACCUUAUAUGUUGCAUGUGAGAUAUUUCUUUGACAAGGUUACAUAUGGAAGGUUAGUUAGGAAGGUUCAAUUGUUAGGUAUUAAUAUCGAAGUAGUAAAAUGGAUACAGCAGUGCCUGGAUGGGAGACGCCAGAGAGUAGUGGUGGAUAACUGUGUGUCAGAUUGGAGGUCGGUGACUAGUGGUGUGCCUCAGGGAUCUGUACCGAGUCCAUUUGUUGUAUGUCAUAUAUAUUAAUGAUCUGGAAGAUGGGGUGGUAAAUUGGAUUAGUAAGUUUGCAGAUGUUACUGAGAUAGGUGGAGUUGUGGAUAAUGAAGUAGCUUUUCAAAGCUUGCAGAGAGAUUUAGGACAGUUAGAAGAGUGGGCUAAAAGAUGGCAGAUGGAGUUUAAUGCUGAUAAAUGUGAGGUGCUACAUUUUGGUAGGACUAAUCAAAAUAGGACAUACAUGGUAAAUGGUGGGGCAUUGAAGAAUGCAGUAGAACAGAGGGGAUCUAGGAAUAAUGGUGCAUAGUUCCCUGAAGGUGGAAUCUCAUGUGGAUAGGGUGGUGAAGAAAGCUUUUGGUUUGCUGGCCUUUAUUAAUCAGAGCAUUGAGUAUAGGAGUUGGGAUGUAAUGUUGAAUUUGUACAAGGCAUUGGAAAGGCCAAAUUUGGAGUAUUGUGUACAGUUCUGGUCACCGAAUUAUAGGAAAGAUGUCAACAAAAUUGAGAGAGUACAGAGGAGAUUUACUAGAAUAUUGCCGAGGUUUCAUCUCUUAAGUUACAGAGAAAGGUUGAACAAAUUGGGUCUUUAUUCUUUGGAGCGUAGAAGGUUGAGGGGGGACUUGAUAGAGGUAUUUAAAAUUAUGAGGGGGAUAGAUAGAGUUGACGUGGAUAGGCUUUUUCCAUUAAGAGUGGAGGAAAUUCAAACAAGAGGACAUGAGUUGAGAGUUAAAGGGCAAAAGUUUAGAGGUAACAUGAGGGGGAACUUCUUUACUCGGAGAGUGGUAGCUGUGUGGAACGAGCUUCCAGCAGAAGUGGUUGAGGCAGGUUCGAUGUUGUCAUUUAAAGUUAAAUUGGAUAGCUAUAUAGACAGGAAAGGAAUGGAUGGUUAUGGGCUGAGUGCAGGUCGGUGGGACUAGGUGAGAGUAAGAGUUCGGCAUGGACUAGAAGGGCCGAGAUGGCCUGUUUCCGUGCUGUAAUUGUUAUAUGGUUAUAUACACUGGGUUGUGCACCUUGAUCUGGAGGAACGUCUUUGGUUUGGCAGUAUACAUGUAUAGAGUUGAAUGAUAAUAAACUUGAACUUGAAAACUGAGUAUCAGUGGAUCAUGAUAAAGCCCAACUGGUUCAGGUUCAGGGACAAUGACCUUGCACUGUACAGGGGAUCCAGAUGUAACCUCUGUAAAACACUCAGGAUGCCAAGUCCGGACACCAGGGUCGAUCAGAAUCUCAGUUGCAUCACGGGCGAUAAGCAAUAUUGGAGUGAUCCCUGGCAACCAUGCAGCUCCACUGCAUGUUCUGAAAUCAUUCACUGAUCACACGGCCACUUGGAACAAAAAUAUUUUAGCAGUAGUUCCUUGUUCUUUCCUGAUUCAGCCUCAAGAGGUAUCCACAAACAAAGGAGAUACAGC